AUGAAUAUGGGCAUGUACUGUUUCCUGUCCGUGUACCUGCGUGUAGCUACCACUGGGGCACGAAGACACAGCGGAUCGUCCUCACGUGGGUCUCCUCGCCUCUCCACCGACUACAGCUGCUGGGGUAGCGGACUCACGAUAACGGCUAGGCGUACUGCAUCGACCGGCAGCGGUUUCCAAGAUAACGCCGGGGACCAAACCCUCUCGGCUGGCUCGUUGAUUCAACAGAGGGGCAGAAGUGUCACGCCGUCAUGCCCGGGUCGAGCGCUGCCCUUUCCUCGACGCCCGUUGGCAAUCGACAACCGGACCGGGGCGCCCCUUUUCAUAUGUGGCAUUGGAAAUGGACUUGUCAUCUUUGUGACCGGCUACAAAAUGAAGACGACCGUCAACUCCAUUUGGUUUCUCAACUUGGCGAUUGCAGACUUCCUUUUUUUAUGUUCUUGUAUAUUUUGGGACUGGAACAAACUCAUUAAUGCAUGUUUGACUUUUGUUUGUGCGCUAAAUUUGUUUUCAAGUAUUUUCUUUCUGACAGUUAUCAGUGUGGAUCAAUGUCUGUGCACAUAUUUUGUUGUUUGGGUUCAGAACAAACGAACUUUAGUCAAAGCCAGAAUCAUCAGUGUAUUUGUGUGGAUUUUAUCAAUCUGCUGCAGCAUCCCUGUUGGCAUUGAUCAGUAUGUACUUAAAGAUGAAAAUGUCAUCAAUGUCUAUACAUCUCUGCACACAUACCUGUUCAUUGUUGGAUUUUUUAUUCCCUUUAAAAUCAUUGCAUCUUCAUACAUAGCUAUUGGUGUGCAGGUAAAACGUCUCAAAACAGGAAAGCAGCUUCGGCCUUACCGGAUCAUAUCUGUGAUUCUGGCUUUUUUCAUAUGCUGGUUUCCUCAUCAUGUACAUAGUUUGUGUUUAAUAAGUGCAUAUAAGUAUAACUGGAGUGCCAGUGCUAUAGAGAAAAUCAUUGCUGCAGAACCUUUUGUAGACUGCCUGGCUUAUUUUAACAGUUGUCUGAACCCCAUUCUCUAUGUGUUCAUGUGUGAUGAGUAUAAGAAGAAACUUAAAAAGUCUCUCUUGCUGGUGUUUGAGGCGGCUUUUUCUGAAGAGCAUCUGAGUUUAAGAUCAACUCCACUUCCUCAAAACGCUCAAUGUCAGCAGGUACUACGUGUACAGACAGAAGAAACAACCAUCUGAACAAAACAAUUUUAGACUUCAGUCUUUAGAUGAUUGGAAAUAUAUAUUUGCAAUUUGGAGAUAAAGAUUUAUUUAAUAAAAUUAACUCUCUCACUGAA